AUGCACAUCAUUGACGUUAAGCCUGGGUGUAAAAUCAGGUUUUCAAUUGAGUAUGGCUUCAUUUGGCAACUCACUCAGGCUGUUCUUGUAAAAUCAAAGGAAGCAGACAUGGCAACUAUGUUUGUGAAAGUUGGUGACAAAAGGAUAUGCAUCGGAACACUUUGCAGUGAUAGAUUCCCGCAAACUAACUUUGACCUGUUUUUCGAGAAAGAUUUUGAACUAUCACACACAUCUUCAUCAGCCACCGUCAGCUUCCGUGGCUACAAUAUUUUCCAUCCAGCUAAAGGCGAUGAGAUCGCUUUUGAUUAUGACGGAUCUGGAGAUAAGAAUGGUGACAAUGAUGCUGUUGAUGAUGAUGGUGCGGAUGAUGACGAUGACGAUGACCAGUUUUCUUGUCCGAGAGAGAACAAUAGUGACAAUGAUGCUGUUGAUGAUUAUGGUGCGGAUGAUGACGAUGACCAGUUUUCUUGUCCGAGAGAGAACAAUAGUGACAAUGAUGCUGUUGAUGAUUAUGGUGCGGAUGAUGACGAUGACCAGUUUUCUUGUCCGAGAGAGAACAAUAGUGACAAUGAUGCUGUUGAUGAUGAUGGUGCGGAUGAUGACGAUGACCAGUUUUCUUGUCCGAGAGAGAACAAUAGUGAAGGUCAGAGUGAUGAAAACGAGGAAGAACAAAAACUUAAGAAGUCGGAGCAUGUUAAUAAGAGAGCAGCUGGAAGUGCUUUCAAGGUGGCUACUUCCAAUAAGAAGCCAAAGGUGGCAAAAAUGUCUGACCCUAAGACAGGUGACAAUGGGGCUCUCCAUGUGGCGACUGUGCACCUGGCAAAGAAGGCAGGCCCUGCAACCAAUGAAAAGCCCCCCAAGUUCAGCCUGCAAGUCUUGCAACAUGACAAGCAAGAGGUUAUUAUCGAGAAGAUUGUCCGCAACAAGCGCAAAUGUGUUACUGUGGUGAAAGGCCUGGAAUUGUUCGGUGUAAAUUUGAGUGAUGCUUCAAAGAAGUUUGGAAAGAAGUUUGCUGCUGGAGCUUCAGUUGUCAAGUGCCCAAACAAGAAGGAGCAAAUAGAUGUCCAAGGGGAUCUAUCGUAUGCUGUUGUGGAAUUCAUUAAAAAUACAUGGCCUGAUGUUGAGAUUCUGCCGGCAAACCUCAAACAAAGGCAAUGGCAACGGCUUUGUGAAGAUGUCCGCAAGUUGAUCUUUAGAGGAGAUGAACUUGAUUUGAAGUAGCUUCUAUGCAACACGUUCUCUGACAAAAUGAUAAUCAACUUAGAUGUGCUUUGUUCGUGCAUGAAAUACCGGAUUAGAGGAAAGGUAUGUAGCACCAAUAUUGUCACACCAAAGAACAGGUGGCUGCCUCUGUGACAUCCCCAACUCCUGAAGCAAGCAUUGUACCCAAAUGAGCUCGGCGGUUGCAUUGGCUACAACUUUGUACUCAACCUCAGUACUGCUGCAAGACACAGUGGCCUGCUUUCUCGCACUCCAGGCGAUCAAGUUAGGACCAAAGAACAUGGCAUAACCCUCAGUGGAUUGCCGAUCAUCCGGAUUACCUGCCGAGCCAGCAUCUGAGAAAGCAGACAAACUACCAGAGGGAGCAGGCCGAAGAUGCAAACCAUAGGAGAUGGUGAGACGUACGUAGCAGAGAAUGCGCUUAACUGCACACCAAUGCGAGUCACGAGGCGAGUGAAGGUACUGACAAACGUGAUUAACCGCGAAGGAAAUGUCUGGUCUGGUAAUAGUCAGGUAUUGUAGACCACCAACAAUACUGCGAUAUGUGGUAGCAUCAUCAGGAGAGAGAAGAACACCAUCAUCAAUAGAGAGCUUAUCAGUCACAGUCAUGGGUGUGGAUGCAGGUUUGUAUUUGAGCAUACCAGCACAUCGUAGAAGGUCCAUAAAGUACUUCUUCUGAGUAAGAGAGAGAUCAGGAGCAUUAUGUGUAACUUCCAAACCUAGAAAAUAGUGAAGCUUGCCGAGAUCUUUGAUAGCAAGGUCUGAACUAAGAGCUGAGAGCACACGAUCAGUAGCAGGCACUGAAGAGUUGAUAAGGAUGAUGUCAUCAACAUAGACCAGAAGAUACAUGGUGACCUCGGGACGACGAAAAAGAAAUAGCGAUAUGUCUGCCGUAGAGGGAACAAAACCGAGAGCAUGCAGAGCAGAUGCAAGACGAGCAUGCCAGGCACGAGGCGUCUGUUUCAGGCCAUAUAGAGCUUUGUCCAAAUGACAUAAGUGAUGAGGGUAAUCGGGAUCAACAAAACCCGGUGGCUGCCGCAUAUAAAAUUCCUCCUCAAGCACACCAUGAAGAAAGGCAUUCUGGACAUCCAACUGACGGAGAGACCAGCCACGAGUAACUGCCAAAGAUAAUAGCAGCCGUAUGGUAGUAGGCUUGACGACCGGACUGAAGGUAUCCUCGUAGUCAAGACCAUGUCGUUGUUCAAAUCCUUUAGCAACCAGACGUGCCUUGUACCGUUCAAUAGAUCCGUCAGGAUGUUUCUUCAUUUUGAAAACCCGUUUAGAAUCAAUGACAUUAACACCUGCCGGAGGAGGAACCAAACGCCAUGUUUUAUUAUGAAAAAGAGCAUUAUAUUUCUGUUCCAUCGCAGUUCGCCAGUGUGAAAUGCUCAUAGCAGCUUGAAAAUGACGCGACUCGGAAUUGGGAUCUGAUACGGCAUGUGCCAUACAGGUAGCAAGCCAUGCAACUAUUUCGUCAGUACGCUGCUUAGGCUGAA